UUUGCUUGCACCGGUCAACUAAAGCCCAGCUCAAACGUGUUGCAGUCAACUAUAGCUGCUACCUCUCUGAAAUCCAUCUAUAUAUAGUGCAUUCGUUCUAGCUAGCUAAUUAAUUUGCUCUUCACACCAACACAAAGCAAACCCACAGCAAUGGCACCCCGGGCAAUGGCUCACCGGAGCAACACAGCCACUCUCCUAGCAGUCCUCUCCGUCGCAGCCAUAUUCCUGGCCGGGCCGGUGUCGGCGGCCGGGAAGACCGGGCAGGUGAGUGUAUUCUGGGGGCGGAACAAGGCGGAGGGCUCUCUGCGCGAGGCCUGUGAUGCUGGCACGUACACCAUGGUCAUCAUCUCCUUCCUCGACGUGUUCGGCCAUGGAGGCUACCACCUAGAUAUCUCCGGCCACGACGUCGCGGCCAUGAAUGCCGACAUCAAGUACUGCCAGUUCAAAGGUGUCCCCGUCUCCCUCUCCCUCGGCGGCUUCGGGAGCUCCUACUCCCUCCCGUCGAGCAAGGCGGCGCUCGACCUCUUCGACUACCUCUGGAACUCCUACUUCGGCGGCUCCAAGCCCGGCGUGUACCGCCCCUUCGGCGACGCGUGGCUUGACGGCAUCGACCUCUUCCUGGAGCAUGGCUCACCGAACGACCGGUAUGACGUCCUCGCGCUCGAGCUCGCCAAGCACAACAUCCGUGGUGGCCCAGGGAAGCCGCUGCACCUGUCUGCUACGGUCCGGUGCGGGUUCCCGCCGGCGAGCCACAUCAAGCGGGCGCUCGACACCGGCAUCUUCGAGCGCGUCCACGUCAAGAUCUACGAGAACGGCCAGGAUGACAAGAAGUGCAACGUGUACGGCGCGUGGCAGGACGCGUGGGACAAGUGGACGGCGGCGUACCCGGCCACCAGGUUCUACAUCGGGCUUACGGCGGAGGAUAAGUCCCACCAGUGGGUGCACCCAAAGAACGUCUUCUAUGGCGUCACGCCGGUGGUGCAGAAGAAGGAGAACUACGGCGGCGUCAUGCUCUGGGACAGAUAUUUCGACAAGCAGAGCAACUACGGCACCUACAUCAAGUCCUAUGCUUAGUGAUCAGUGCUCAGUGUGUGUUCCCGUGUAAGAAUAAAGUGAGUAAGGCCUGUGUGUUCAGUGGUGUUAUGUAAGAAUAAAGUGAGCGAGGCCUGUGGAAGGAACUAUAAUUAAACAGUUAAUAACUAUCCCACCUGCUCAAUCAAUCA